UUUAUUCUUAACCCCACCACGAUGUUAAUGAGAUUCCAAUUUUUAUUAAUAUAAAAAUGGCAUCAAUGAAGGUACGAGCCACUUUAAGGAUCAGAGUGUGCUUGCUUGGUUUUGUCCUUUGGGCCAUCUAGUCUGUUCUUGUUGGAAGGAGCAUGGACGCAGGAAUUAGCCAUUCACUGUCGGGUGUCUUGCAAGAUUAUGCGCAGCUGAUUUCAGUGGAAUGGAUUGUAUGGAUUCUUCUACUCAUUAGCAUGACGUUGCAGAUUGUUUUGGUUGUUCUUGGUGCGCGCAGAUAUAUGAGUUCAUGUGGAAUUUUUCACUUUGUGGUGUGGGGAGCUUACAUUUCUGCGGAUGCUGUGGCCAUAUCUGCACUUGGAACCAUGAUGUAUAGUGUUCGGAGUGGGAUAUAUGGAAUAUGGGCUCCAGUGUUACUACUGCAUUUGGGGGGACCUGAUGCCAUAACUGCCUAUUCCACGGCUGAUAAUGAGCUAUGGUUGAGACAUGGAUUCAAUAUGGUCUAUCAAGUUUUAGUGGCAGUGUAUGUUAUUUAUUCAUCAGCAUUGGAAGGCCACGCAUUGGUUUCUGCCAUCCUUCUGCUGGUUGUAGGAGCCGCCAAGUAUGCAGAGAGGACGCUUGCUUUGUGGUACGCUAGCGAUUUUCAAAUUGUCAUGUCAUGUCUGCCAAUUUCAAAAUAUAUAAAGGAAAAAAAUGUUGUACAAGAUCGUGGGUAUGUCAUUAUGGGAGAGAAGCAACUGCACAGAAUGAUCGAAAAAGAGGGAGGAAAAUCUUCAAUGGAAGGAGAAGAUAUGGAAGCAGGGCUCCAGGCGGCUUCACUGGAAGGAAGAGAUAUAGAAAUAGAACUAGAGGCACCAAAAGAGAAAGGAAGAGAUAGAGAAGCAGGGCUCCAGGCGGCUUCACUGGAAGGAAGAAAUAAAGAAAAAGGGCUAGAGGUGCCUCUAUUGAAAGGAAGAGGGAUAGUAACUGUUAAGGAUAUCAGGAACGCUAAUAUAAAAGUCGGUAAGGACUACAAUCUCUGCCUUUCCCAUGCGUUGUACAAAAUGUAUAUGCGUAGGUUUGUAAGUUUGUAUUUUGAUGAAGGGGAUUGGAAGGAGACAAAAGCUUUCUGGGGUGAGUUUAGUGGAGAAGAAGCAUUUAGAAUUGCAGAGAUGGAAUUGAAAUUCAUAUACGAUGUGCUCUUCUCCAAGGGAAGCGGCAUAGCCUUCAGUAGAUUUGGGAUAGUAAUGCGCCUUCUGAACUGCAUUCUCAUGGGAGUGGCAGGGUUUCUGAUAUUUAGAUCACAAAGAGAAGCACAGUGGCUGGUGACAUACAUUGUGAUUUCAGUGGCUGUUGUGGUGGAGGUGUUUCAGUUCUGCCGAAUUCUGACAUCAAACUGGACACGUGUCCUCUUGAUUUGUGCCCACGUUGACGAAACUGCACAUACCCCCUUCCCGAACACUGUUAAGUGGCGCAGAAUCAAGUUGAUGUUGAUAAAGACUGCAGUGCUUGCGCUGGGCAAGGUUCAGAAAUUUGUUGGAGGAGAUAGAUACUGGAGCAAUGGAAUUCACCAGAGCUGUCUAAUAAGGACUUGCUAUAAUAGGUCUCGUUUCAUGUGGAAGAUGACUAAAUCCAUCCCAAAGGCAGACAAUUUUAUUGUAAGCUGGCACUUCGACAAAGUGUCUGCCGAAGAGGAGCUUAUAAACUUCAUUUAUAACAUCCUAAAACGGAAGUGUUCUCCGGAGAGUGAUAGCGAAACAUGCAGAGAUGGAAUUUACAACUUUGAGGAGGAUUUGCUCAAAGAGGAAUCAGAAAUCAAGGCUAUCAUGGCGUCGCACGAGAAUCUGGAGGAGGUCAUUCUGAUAUGGCAUAUAGCUACCACAAUAUGCGACACCCAAAGAAAAUCAUCCGAAGAGAUCAAGAAUGUACGGCCGAGUAGAAUACUGUCGAGGUACUGUGCAUACCUUCUAGUGUCACGUCCCCGUCUUUUGCCCGUCCACCCGGCUAUGGCAAAGAUUACAUACAUGCAACUUAUGGAGCAACUUAUGGGGGAGAGAUAUUAUGGUAAAAACCCUGCACAACUGUUGCACUUCAAGGACAGCGGUGUACUUGGCUCUGGGGCAGAACUAGCCCGCGAGCUGCUAAAAAAAGGAGAAGAUGAAAGGUGGAAGUUAUUGGCGGAGUACUGGGGUGGAUUGGUGAUAUACAUGGCGGCGUACAAUAAGGCAACGUUUCAUGCGGAGUGCCUGGCUUGUGGAGGGGAAUUUCUGAGUCAAGUGUGGGUUUUACUGGGUCAUUUGGGAUGUGGAGAACAGUCUGACUCUGCCGUAAGAAAGAAGAUUGAGAGGUCCAUGGAACGGGAACGGCUGGAACUGGAACGGCUGGAACGGGAAAGGCGGGAACGGCUGGAACGGGAACGGCUGGAACGGGAACAGCAGGAACGGCUGGAACUAAAAUGGGAACAGCUGAAACAGAAACGGCUGCAAUGGGAACGGUGGGAACAGCUGAGAUGUGAAAGGCUGGAACGGGAACGGCUGGAACAGCUGGAACGGCUGGAACGGGAACGGGAACGGCUGGAACGGGAAUGGCUGGAAAUUGGAAAGGUUGGAAUGGUUGGAACGGGAGAGGUUGGAAAGGGAUCCCUUGAGGUUGGAAGGGAUACGGAUACGGCGGAUAUCGCGGGAGCAACGGGGGCUCGUGGAAUGGGGAACUGCUUGGGGAGCUUCGGGAUCAACGGGAGCGUCAGGGGUUCUUGGAAAGGAUGCAAGAGCGGUAUAAAGAGGAGCUACCAAUCCCCUGGAAACAGAAUUGGUGCAAAAGCACCAAGUGAACCAAGUGUACCUCUUGGUUCCAAGGACCUAUAUGGGGUCAAAUAUGAACAUUUUUAAUUAUAGAUGGUUUCUUGUGUUAAAUAAGGUCUAAUGAGAUCAAUAGCAUGGUAAUAAGGUCAUUUGACCAUUCAUGUAACCAAGUUGUCUAGUUGGUCCUAAGAAGGUCUUGAUUUGGAAAAUACUUUGCAAAAUGGUUAAAAUUGAUGUAAUAAUGUACAAUUUGGUUCUAAAGGUCUUUUCAUGUCUAUUUGGACCUAUUUGUGUCAUUAAAAUAUCAUAGGUUGGGUGUAGGAGUUAAAAUUGGCAAAAUUGCUUACAUUGUCAAAAAUGCUUAAAGCAAUUUUUGCAUUAUAAGAGAAAUUAGGAGUUUGUUUGUUAGAACAAUUACAAAAGGUGGUUGUAACUGAUGAGGAGGCUUAUAAAACCUAUAAAAAGGCCUAUCCUCGUUCAUUCAUGUUGUUGUUGAUAUAUGUGAA